GUGGGGAACGCAUUUGACUACAAUAAUGGCGACUCCCAUUUGUUCUCAUUUCACGAUCACUUGACAAAAGCUCAAUCAACAUGUCUUACAGCAGAACUGGCGUUGUUACUGGUGCGAAUAAGGGCGUUGGCCUCGCGAUAGUCCGCCAACUGGCACUCCAGUACCCGAAGUCGCCUAUCAACAAUGGUCCCUUCCUUAUCUAUCUCACAGCCCGUGACAAAGGCAGGGGAGAAGCUGCAGUGAAGCAGCUCGAGCAGGACUCGCAAUUGAAGCAAGCGAAAGCACUGAAAGCGGACGGCGGUCUUGCUGAGAUCAAGUACCAUCACCUAGAUAUCACAGACGAAUCGAGUAUCAAAGAUCUCGCAAAGCACCUAAAGGAUUCGCACACCGAGGGGAUCGACUUUGUCAUCAACAACGCCGGCAUCGCUCUAAACGGCUUCGACUCAAACAUCGUCAAAGAAACUCUCCACUCAAACUACUACAACACCCUCCUCGCCUCCCACACCUUCCUUCCCCUCCUCAAACCCACUGGUCGCAUCGUAAAUGUCGCUUCCUCCUCUGGCGCGCUGUCCAAAUACUCGCCCUCCAUCCGGCAGCGCUUCCUCUCCGCCGAAUUCGAGGACGAUGUGACGGCCAUCAUGCGCGACUUCGCGUCCGCCGUGGAGCAAGGGCGGGAGAAAGAGGCCGGGUUUCCGAGCGCGGCGUAUGCGGUCAGCAAGGCGGGGUGUAUUGGGGGUACGAAAGCGUUGGCGAGAAGGGAGAAGGAGGCUGGGAGUAAGAGGCUGAUUAACGCGUGUUGUCCGGGCUAUGUGAAUACGGAUAUGACGAAGGGGAAUGGGACGAAGACCCCGGAUGCGGGCGCGCAGACGCCGGUGUUGUUGGCGAUGAUGGAUAUUGGAGGUAAAACAGAGGAGUUUUGGAGGGAUGAGAGGGUUAUUGAGUGGUAGAGAGGAUCCAAGAGAACGGUCACGAUGUCAAACGACGGAAAGCAAGGAGUAGCUCAUUUCUUCGGGGUUAUAAUGUACUGAUACUGUCACCCUGCAGGACACUGGUCUCUCUGGG